AUGACAGACAACACACCUGUGCCUCAACCAAAGAAAGUCAAAAUGCCUACAAUGACAGAAGCUGACAAAAAGAGGCUCGGCAUACCAGCUGGAUCGCCUGCUCCUUCUGCUCAUGGAGGCGGAGGCAGUAGCGCCAUGAUGGCACCCUCCAUGAUGGGUAGUUCAAUGUGCAGUCCAAUGAUGGGCGGCGGCUAUCCUGGCAUUGGCGGAAUGGGGCCCAAUCUCGUAUUCAACUUCAAUCAACCCUAUGGCUAUAUGAUGGCUGCAGUGGCCGAAUGUGGAGGCGACGGUGGCAAAGAUAAAGAUGAAAAGGAAGAAAAGGAAGAAGAGAAACCAAAGCCAGAAUAUGUCCAAGCUGAUCCAACAUGGCGAAAUCCUCGACUGGUCCAAGCAAAGGGCAAGCCGCUUAAGAAGGAGCCAUGUGUUAUUCAGUAA